GUAUGUUUAAAGACACCAACCUUUUUGGGUCCUGAGACUGGAUUACGAACAUGCUGUCACACGUGUCACCUUACCCACCAAGUCUCUGUCUCCGCAUGUGUUGUCAAAAAAAAAAAUCACUAUAAAGCAGAGCAAUAAGCCAUAGCUUCCAUCAACUAUUGGUAGCUGAGACCAAAGCUCUCUCUUCGCUAUCUCAUGGCCGCUGCUGCUGCAAGCCGUUGCCUUGCAUGUUUCAUGGACCCAGAAGCAGCCAAAUGCAGCAUAACAAUUUCCAGCAGGCAAACCAUUAAUUUCUCUCACCACCAUAGGUCUCAUUUGUGUUCGCUUUCCAUGAAUGGCUGCCAAGGAGACCCUCACCUCCCUUUAGGUACCAUUGAAACGCGUUCAUUUCCAGCAAUUCCAUCGCCUUCCUUGGCUCUAGACAGGCUCAACUCCGCCAUUUCUGAAUUGAAAGCAAACCCACCUUCUUCUACCUCCGGAAUUAUACGUCUCCAGGUGCCAAUCCAGCAGCAAAUUGAAGCCAUUGAUUGGCUAUAUGCGCAACACCAAUUCCUUCCCCGCUGCUAUUUCUCCGGUAGGGGCCAAAUCGGUAAUUCUUCUGAUCUUUCCAUUGAUUGCACCAAUGGGAAUGACCAGAUUCAAUUGAAACACAACUUGGUCAGCGUUGCUGGUGUGGGGUCUGCAGUUUUCUUUCAGGAUCUGCAUCCUUUCUCAUAUAGGCAUUGGAAGUCCUUAAAGAGAUUCCUCUCUACACAAUGUCCACUUAUUCGCACUUACGGGGCAAUCCGUUUUGAUGCAAGAGCCAACAUAUCAUCUGAAUGGGAGGCAUUUGGUUACUUUUAUUUUAUGGUCCCUCAGGUUGAGUUUGAUGAGCUUGAAGAAGGUUCAAUGCUGGCAGCAACUGUUGCCUGGGACAAUGCCCUCUCAUGGAAUUUGGGACAUGCAAUUGAUGCACUUAAAGCUACACUGAGCCAGAUAUCUUCUGUCAUUUUGAAGCAACGAAGACAAGUUCCUUGGACACCAAUGUUAAGCAAUAAUCACAUCCCGAGUAAGACAUACUGGAAUCUUGCUGUUAAUAGAGCUUUGCAGAAAAUAAGAAGCAACUCAGCCCUUAUUAAGGUGGUACUCGCACGUAGCAGCACAGUAAUAACACCAACUGAUAUUGAUCCCAUAGCAUGGUUAGCUUGCUUACAGGUUGAAGGUGAAAAUGCUUAUCAGUUCUGUCUUCAGCCACCUAAUGCACCAGCAUUCAUUGGAAACACGCCAGAGCAACUAUUUCACAGAAAAUGGCUUGGCAUUACUAGUGAAGCUCUGGCUGGAACCAGAGCCAGAGGUGAAUCGAUGCCUGAAGAUCUUCAAAUAGAACUUGAAUUACUUUCCAGUCCCAAGGACCACCUCGAGUUUACUAUUGUACGAGAAAGCAUAAGAAGAAAACUAGAGAAUGUAUGUAACAGUGUCCUAGUUGAACCAAAGAAAGCAAUCCGUAAGCUCCCUAGAGUCCAACAUUUAUAUGCCAAAUUGGCUGGCAGGUUAAGAAGUGAAGAGGAUGAGUUUGACAUAUUGUCAUCUCUUCAUCCAAGUCCAGCAGUUUGUGGAUUUCCAACAGAGGAGGCACGGGUUUUAAUUGCAGAAACAGAAGUAUUUGACCGAGGGAUGUAUGCUGGGCCAGUUGGUUGGUUUGGAGGAGGAGAGAGUGAGUUUGCCGUUGGCAUUAGAUCAGCAUUGGUGGAAAAGGGUCUUGGUGCAAUGAUUUUUGCUGGAACAGGGGUUGUGGAAGGAAGUAAUGCAUCAUUAGAAUGGGAUGAACUGGAACUCAAGAUUUCUCAGUUCACCAAGUUGCUUAAACUUGAAGUCCCUUUAGAGAUUAAAAGCUGAUGUUGCAAGGACUAUCAAGUGAAAAGGUCAGUGGUUCUGAAGUUGGUAGCCAGAAUUCUUUGAUGACUAUUAUUCUUUCUUGAUUGUUUCUUGGGAUGAUUUUCCCAAUGACAACAUAAAAGAGAUUUGAUAUGUAAAAAUAAAUUUGAAAAGCAAAUACCAAUGAGUUGGACAUGCCUAGAA